CAAAGGUGAUCUACGUUAUAAGAAAUUUGAUGUAAAUUCAAGUUAUGAUGGUGGACUUGUGCUUAAGAUCUUCGAUGAUAAUAACAACAAUCGGUAUAAAACCAUUUAUAUACUCUUUCCAAAUGGAACUGCAACGUACAUAAACCUUGAUUUUGCAAACAAAAGUAUCAAUAUCAGUCGUAUAUUCCCUUUAACUAUGAAGUAUUAUUUUCUGCUUUAUGAUGAUACUGUUGAUGGUAGUGAGCAGGUCACUGGAAUGUUAAUAGAUUGGAAUAGUCAAAUUAUAAAAGAGUUUGUUAUUUCUUUAAAUUUUCCAUAUCAAUAA